AUGGUGCACUAUAAGCUCACUUAUUUGACGCUCCGCGGCCUCUGUGAGGUUAACCGCCAGAUUUUUGUCGUCGCCGGAAAAGAAUUUGAAGACAAGCGAUACACUUUUGAUGAGUUUGCGAAGCACAAGGCUGAAAUGCCGUUCGGUCAAGUGCCUGUGCUAGAAGUCGAUGGGAAAAAACUCGCUCAAUCUCAUGCUAUUGCUCGUUAUUUGGCUAAGCAGUUCGGAUACGCUGGGAAGAACGCAUGGGAUGAAGCGCUAGUGAAUUCCAUUGCUGAUCAGCAAAAGGACCUCAUGUCGGAAAUUCGCCCCUACUUCAGAGUUCUGCUGGGAUUUGAGAAAGGUGAUUUGAAUGCUCUGGGCAAAGAUGUGUUUGUCCCGGCUCACCACAAGUUCUUCACAUUCAUUACGCCGUUCCUCAAAAACAACAAAUCUGGCUACCUCGUCGGAGAUUCACUGACUUGGGCUGAUCUGCUGGUGGCUGAGGCAGCCACAUGGACCAAACAAUUCCCUAAUCUCUAUGAUGGUUUUCCAGAGAUGAAAGCUCAUGCUGAGAAGAUCCGUUCAAUUCCAGCACUGAAGAAAUGGAUAGAAACUCGCCCAGAUACUCUUUGUUAA